AUUUCUUCCGCUCAAGAGACAAAAACUCAUUCGCAAUCGACCAACGGUAGCUCCUCUGCAUUCACUGUCAACAUCUCUCCUUACGUUGUCUCCGGAGAUCAGAUCGAUCGUUGGGGGGAAUGGCGACGUUUGAGCUGUACAGGAGAUCGACGAUAGGGAUGUGUUUGACGGAGACUUUGGAUGAGAUGGUUCAGAGCGGUACGCUGAGCCCUGAGCUUGCUAUCCAAGUUCUCGUUCAGUUUGACAAGUCCAUGACUGAAGCUCUUGAGAGCCAAGUGAAGACCAAGGUGUCGAUUAAGGGGCACCUGCACACUUACAGGUUCUGUGACAACGUCUGGACAUUCAUAUUACAGGACGCCAUGUUCAAGAAUGACGACCGUCAAGAGAAUGUGAGUCGAGUGAAGAUAGUCGCAUGUGACUCUAAGCUGCUCACACAGUGACAUAUAAAUUCUCCUACUGCAGAUAAUAUCCACGCACACGUCCUUUGUAAUAGAUUUUUUUGAGUUUUGUUUUUCACUUUGUAAACUCAGCACUUGUUAUAUGUUGUUGAGCUCCAUUUGCAGCCAUCAAUUUAACCUACUUAUAUGUAAAUUCUCGGCCCAAAGACAUAUAUGUUGCUAAGAGAAAGUUCUUAAGAUUCAUCUUGAGUUGAGAUUACUCUUGACUUCCAAAUCUCAACAUACUUUAUAUGGCGUGGAGCUGAUUGUUUUUUUUUUUUUUUAGUGUUUG